AAAUAUUAAAUACUGUUUGUCAGCGGGAAGCGUUAGCUCCUUUAGAUGAUUUCCAGUGCGAUACAUUGGUGCACAUUAAAUCAUCGAACUGCCUUUAUUUUUCACCCUUUGUUUUGUAUAUAUUUUAAAUGAUAUUAGCAAAUAAUAACAAGUCGUGCCCGCCAUUGUAAAUACAAAAAUAUCAUUUUAAAAAAUGUUACCCGUGUUGUUCAUGGCUUAAGAAAUGAUCGGAAAAACCUGUGCGUGCCAUGUAACCCCCUUACUCGACAAAGAACAAUAAAUUGAACAAAAACGUGGUGUGCGUUUACGUCUUGUACGUCAUAGAUAGACAUUACAAAGGACGAAUUUACUGUAGCUAAAUAAUCAAGUUCUAGACCAUGCAAAAGGGAAGAAUUAUUGGUACAAAAACAUCUAACAAAGCAAAAAUUAAAGAUCAUAAUAUAAAUGGGACUUCAAAUACGAAUAGUAAUAAAACCGGUAAAUUAAUCCCCAAGAAUGAUGACUGUGAAUAUGAUUUGGUUCCUCCUGAUGGUGGAUGGGGUUGGUUAGUAUUGUUGGGGUCGUGCUUGACGAACAUCCUAAUUCCUGGGACUAUCAAAAGUUUUGGAGUUCUUUUUGUCGAGUUUACCGCGGCUUUCAAAUCUUCAGCAACAAAGGCUUCUUGGAUACCAGCUCUAUGUUACUUUCUCUACAGUUCCUUAGGUCCUGUAUCAAGUAUUCUUUCUGUGAAAUAUUCAUAUCGAACCGUCACUAUUCUGGGUGGAGCCUCCGCGUCUUUAGGAAUGAUAUUAUCUUUCUGGGCUUCUUCAAUAGGAUACUUGUACAUUAGCUAUGGCGUUUUGGUCGGAAUUGGCGCGGGUCUUUCCUUUCCACCCACAGUGUACAUUGUAACGUCGUAUUUCGCUAAACUACGAGGUCUAGCCAAUGGACUUUGUAUUUCAGGCAGUGCCCUGGGGAGCAUUUUUCUUCCGCCUCUUUUGCGCUGGCUUCUAGAGACUUACGGAUACCAUGGGUCUUGUUUAAUUAUGGGUGGAAUCACAUUAAACGUUUUUGUUGCUGCUCUUUUCUACGAGCCGGUUGAACAACAUAUGAUCCGAGUUCCAAGGGCUCGUCAGGCGUUGGAAGACAUACCAGAAGAAGAAGACAUGGGCAUUGUAAUGAAGUUUGAAAAUGUUGAAGAUAAUACGCCUGGGAAUGACACAAAUGACAAGCAUUUGUUGACUUGUCAUUCACCUCCUUCCCCAAUGUAUUUGCACAACGAUGAAAAGCAGCAUUUCGUCCGGAGCGCAUCAGCAGCAGUUGUUCAGAACUAUACAAAACAUGGUGAUGAUUUCCAAAAUCGAACUCGUAAAAUAAGUACACCAGUUAGAUUGCCCCAAAGAAAUCAAACAUUUACGCCUGGCCAAUUGAACUCUCAGUCUUCCCUGUACGCCGUUCCCGAAGGUCGCUCCAGUUCAAGCAAACUUACUUUAAGGAAUUCUUCGAAGUCAAGAUUAUCAAAGCGUUCCCCUUCUACCAGUAGCUUUUUAUAUGUCAGCACCCCAUAUCACGGCAGCACAUUGUCAUUUCAACCAAAAGAAUUCUCCUCACAUUUAUCCCUACGGUCUUUGGGCAGUAGUGGUGCAGGACCUAGUAACGAUCUUGCCGGCGCUGAUGGUUUUCAUGACAAUGACGAAACCCGAGGAAAGGUGCAAUCGAGCCAACGCUCUAAAUUUUUCGACCUUAGCCUAUUUACAGAUCCAAUGUAUUUGGUUAUAUUAAUCUCCAACUCGACAAAUGCCAUAAGCUACACAAAUUUUAUCAUAUUACUUCCCAGUUUUGGCGAAGCCAGGGGAUUUGAUAAAACACUAGCUGCCUAUCUGUUGUCCGUUGUAUCAGCAACCGAUCUCAUUGGUCGUAUAGGAGGUUCAGCUCUUUCUGACAUGGGCUAUAUACCAAAGACUUGGUACUUCGUUGGCGGUUUGUCAGUAUCAGGUCUUUCCCUUGCUCUGUUACCAUUUGCAUGGUCAUACAGCGUGGUCUGUUUUUGGUGUGCAUUGUUUGGGCUCGCGUCUGGGAUCUAUGUUGGAAUAACAGCUGUUAUCAUGGCAGACAUGCUUGGAACGGAACGCUUGACAUCGUCUUACGGUAUCAGUUUGUUUGUCAAUGGCAUACUUCAGUUGAUUGGCCCACCUCUGUGCAAUUUUUGGUUCGAGGCGGUCAAUGAUUACAAUCCACUUUUCCACGCUCUGGGAUUAACGCUUUUAGGCGGUGCCAGUCUUUGGAGCUUUAUGCCAUGGAUUAAUCGAAGAAAAGUUAAAGAAGAAAAGCGAAAGGAGCAAAUGGACGAAGAGGCUGCCGAUAGCAAUUAAAACGAAAACAAUGCUAAAGUCUCUAGUACGAGAUAGAGUACAAUUAUUAUAAGAUAGACUUCGUAUGGCGUACAAAUUGUAGUUGAGUCCUGUGUGAGUGCAGUAUAAAUGGCCAUUAUUGUGAGGAAAUAAGUCAUGUUAUAUAAAUUGUUUAUUUUUUCAGCCAAAGUUUUUUGGUCCUUUUGUUAUUUCCUAAUUGUAAAAUUUUGU